AUGCGUACCGCAGAGUUUUUGUUCUCCUAGCAACAGGCAAGCAAAAGAGACGUCGUUAUGGAUAAAUGGCAAUGAUGAUUCCAGGAUGUAGAUGGCAUGUACUGCAUGAAAUGAAUUGAUUUAGGUUCAUUCUAGUGGUCCUAUUGGAUCAUAGUCUGUUCUGUCUCUACGAUUCGGCCACGGGAACAAGCAAACGACGACCAGAUCGAGACUCUUUGCCAAGAAUGUCUUUUCAGGAGUCACCUCGGCACUCUGAGGAGGAGUCUUUCUACAUGCAGUGUAGAGCUGCAUACCUAGCUGUGUUCAGAUCUAGUUUGACCAACAUUACUUCAAAACAGCAGUUAUGUCGCGCUCUCCAGCAGGCAGGCAGAAACCCAUCCCAGGCCACGCUCACUAAAUACUGGACCACUAAAACAUCUAAACUAAACUUUGAUGACUUCUGUGAGAUUCUCAAAUGUGAGAGGAAAACAGAGGAGGCUGAGCUAGAGAGAGCUUUCAAAAAGAUGGAUGUAAAUGGUGAUGGAUACAUCACUCACAGUGCACUGGAGAAGGCUUUAACCACCAGGGGAGAGAAAAUGACAGCUGAGGAAAUCAGUGCUGUUUUCUCAAUAGCUGACAUCAACAAGGAUGGCAAACUUGAUUAUGUAGAAUUCUGCAGGCUGCUCGUGUCUACAGUGGAACAGUGUCAGAAGGCUGCCUUGGAGCAGCUUGAGGCCGAUGCCAAGCUGAAGAAACAGAACUUUGGAAGUCAGUUAUGCAGCCCCCCAAGCAGCUCUGUGCCAUCAGCAGCAGCGGGGGCAACUGGCAGUGCAGAAUCUGAAUCCACUCCUAAGAAAGACAGCCGAUCAUCCUCUCGUCCUUCUUCAGGGCGCAGCAGGCAGUCGUCUCUGUCAAACUCAGCCUCAAUGAGCAGCACCAAGACCAGCAGAAUCCCAGAGCCUCCAGGAUUGCAGGAGUGGCAGCACAGUAACAUGAGGGGAUGCUUCUUUGUAGAGAAUGAUGGAAGUAUCAGCUCCCUUCAGUACCUGCUCCAUGUGUCUCACACAACCAACGUCUACCUGACCAUUCAACCCCUGAGCCUAAGACCCGAGAAGCCUUUUUCGUUAAUGGCAGUAGACACAGCUCUUUUCGUCAUGUCACCUGGUGAAACCAAAGACAACUCAACGUUAAUAUGCUUCACCGAAUCUAAAGAUAAGGAGAAAUACUUCUGGAAAGGAGAGUUAAAGGAAGGGACAUACCACCUGCUUCCCUUUACCAGUGGCUGCAGACUGAAGAAACAAAGCAAAAAGAGCCCCUCAAGUAAACCUGUGGAACUAGUCUACAGGACUGACACUGGAGAGCUAGAUCUUACCAGGGAGCUAAGGGAGGUGCUCUCUAACAUUUUUGAUGUGAUCGACCUGGAUGGAAACGGUUUGAUCAGUCUGGAGGAAUAUAAUUUCUUUGAGCUGAGGACCAGUGGAGAGAAGUGUGAUAAAGAUGCCUGGGCUGUCUGCAAAGAAAACUUUGACAUGAGGAAGAACCAGCUAACGCGACAGGGUUUCAUGGAGCUGAAUCUGAUGGAGGCCACUGAAAAAGAAGGAGAUCCUGCAGAUCUGUGGAUCACCCUGGAAGCCAUGGGCUACAACCAUUUGCUGGAACUGGUGGAGGCGUGUCCAUUCCAGAUAGAUGUGUACUGUGAAGGCACGCAGCCAUCCCUACAGCCACACGUUUUAGAGUCUGGUCACAAGCUUCUGAACCAGGCCAUCCAGAAGUCCAUCACAGCUCGGACAGGAGCAAAAGCGCUGAAAGGACAUGACAACGUUUUAAUUUACACCUACAGAGGGGAGAACAGGAUUUCCUCCCUCAUUGCCAACAAGACCAAUCAGAAGGUGACUGUUCAUGUGAACAAUGAGCAGAGCAAGAACUGUUGCAGCAGCAGAGGCUUGACUGUGUUUGCUGUGGAAGUGCCAGCCAGGACAAAGAUGGUGUGUCAACAUGUACUUCCCAUCAAAGAGAAGCAAGACUGGACAUAUAACUGCGUGGAGACCAUACUACCUGACACAUAAAGCCCAGACGUCCAGCAGAGAUUUUGUAUGAAAGCUGUAUUAGGCUCCGAUCAUGAAUAUUUCAGGUGUGAUGAAAGAGGGAUUUUGGUGUGUUAUGUGUCAGCUGUCGUCGCUUUACGAAUGAAGAUAUUAUAAACUUAAAUGUUUCAGGCUUAAUCACAGCAAUAUUUAAUUAUGUUAAAGUAGCGGGUUAUUCCUGCUUCAUUUGUCAAAACCAAGAACCUUUGCCUUUUAAUAUGGUAAUAACAGCUUUCAGCUUCAGCUGUAGGAUUCAAAUUUCCUGUAAAGAGAGGAGAGAUGGUCGUGUUUUCUUUGAAUUUGCUCUUGUUGAAUGUGCCUUAGAUACUACGAAAAAUGUUGGAUUAAUUUUUUAGACUGAAUAAAUGUAUUAAUAGCAAGG